AUUGGGUUGUAUUUUGGUUUCUCGUUUCUCAUUGUUAUCGAUAGAACAAAAUUCUGGCCUACCGACAUUCUUCAUCAGUAACCCAAAUAUAUACCACGAGAACCAUGUCCGGCACGGAGUUAUUCCCCGGCGACCCCUCCGACGUAAUGGUCAUCCGCCAAGUCACGGAAGACAUCACCACCUUCAGCGUCCCAUUUGCUCGAUUCGGACUGUUAAAAUUCGGUGGUCGAGGCACAUUAAUCCGUCUCAAAACCGGCAACCUCGCCAUCUUCUCCCCCGUGGCCCUAACCCCGACCGUCCAAAACCUCCUCACCACCACCGGCACCGGCAAAAUCACAUACAUAAUCGCCCCCGACCUCGAACACCACAUCUUCCUGUCUACCUGGAAGACUGCAUUCCCCGACGCGGUGAUCCUCGCCCCUGAGGGUCUGUACGAGAAACGUCAACGAGAUCCAACCUCUUACCCCGACAACACACCAUUCGAAUUCAUCUUCACGAAGGAGAAUAAACAGACCCUGCACAUUUCCGAGGAGUUUCAUGACGAUUUCGAGAUCGAAUACGUCGACGGACAUAGUAAUCGCGAGAUAGUCCUCCUGCAUAAAGAAUCAAAGACGAUGAUUGAAGCGGAUUUGUUGUUUAAUUUACCCGCUACGGAGCAGUAUGCGCGCUCGGGGGAGGGGGCGGGGCAGGGGUGGCUGAAUCGGGCGUUUAUGCCAUUGGGGAGGUUGGGAACGGGGACGGGGACAGGGAGUGGUGGCUGGCAGGCGUGGUUUGUGUGGUGGGUAUUAAGUAAGGGUGAUAGGGAAAGUUUUGGACGUAGUGUGAGGAGAAUCGCGUCGUGGGAGUUUGGGAGGGUCAUUCCGUGUCAUGGGGAUGUGGUGGAGAGUGGUGGCGGGGAGGUGUUUCGGGGGGUGUUUGGGCGGUUUUUGUAG